CCUCUCGGCUUGAAGAAGUGGUGGUUUCGGUUUUGGAGGUGCUUUCGAAGCGGUUAUAGGGAGGCGGCCUAUCGGGCGAGCUUGACGGCCUCCCGGGGUCUCAGGGUGGAAAAGUUUACUUCGUCUGCCCUGAGUGUGACGCACCGUGGGUCUUACGUCAUCAGGGUCGCCGGCGUCUAGGUUUUUCUACAUGAGUGGAGAAGGUAGAUGUUGCAAGUAGAAGAGAUACAACAUUUUUUUAGGAUGUCUGAAGAUGAAGAAAAAGUGAAAUUACGCCGUCUUGAACCAGCUAUUCAGAAAUUUACUAAGAUAGUAAUCCCAACAGACCUGGAGAGGUUAAGAAAGCACCAGAUAAAUAUUGAGAAGUAUCAGAGGUGCAGAAUCUGGGACAAGUUGCAUGAAGAGCAUAUCAAUGCAGGACGUACAGUUCAGCAACUCCGCUCCAAUAUCCGAGAAAUGGAGAAGCUUUGUUUGAAAGUCCAAAAGGAUGACCUUGGACUUCUGAAGAGAAUGAUAGAUCCUGUUAAAGAAGAAGCAUCAGCAGCAACAGCAGAAUUUCUUCAACUCCAUCUGGAAUCUGUAGAAGAGCUUAAGAAACAAUUUAAUGAUGAAGAAACUUUAUUACAGCCUUCUUUGACCAGAUCCAUGACUGUUGGUGGAACAUUUCACACUACUGAAGAUGAAGCUGAUCCUCAGAGUAUGACUCAGAUAUAUGUGUUGCCUGAAAUUCCUCGAGAUCAAAAUGCUGCAGAAUCAUGGGAAACCUUAGAAGCGGACUUAAUUGAACUUAGCCAACUGGUCACUGAUUUCUCUCUCCUAGUGAAUAGAUUCUGGAUCAUCUUUACUAUCAUUACUCUGAAUUCUUUUUCAGGUAGGUUGCCUAUUUCCUCUUCAUUUAUUUGGUCUUGUAGGUUUUUACCUUGUUCCUUCAUCUGUGCCAUAUAUUUUGUCAUCCCUUUUUUUUUUUUUGGACAGGUGGGAUUGUGUUCCUGUCUUACUGGUUGGUUGGCCUGAGGCUUCCAGCACUGGAGUUUGUAGGCUGUUGGGUAGAGCUGGGUCUUGGUGCCAAGAUGAGGACCUCCAGGAUACCUCACUCUGUUGAAUAUUCCCUGGGGUCUGAGGUUCUCUGUUAGUUGAGUGGUUCGGACUCAGAGCUCCCACCGCAGGAGCUCAGGCCUGACCCCUGACUUGUGAACCUAGAUCCCACAAGCCGUGCAGGAUGGCACAAAAAAAGGAGCAGAACAAUAAGAAAGAGUAAAAAAUAAAAUAAAUUAGAAAACUAACAGAUAUGUUAGAAAAAAAUUAAAAUAUAGAUGAGGGUGUUCCCUGGUGGUGCAGUGGUUAGGAAUCUACCUGCCAGUGCAAGGGACACAGGUUCAAGCUCUGGCCCAGGAAGAUCCCACAGGCCAUGGAGCAACUAAGCCCAUGUGCCACAACUACUGAGCCUGUGCUUUAAAGCCUACGAGGCACAACUGCUGAGCCCAUGCACCACAACUACUGAAGCCAGUGUGCCUAGAGCCCCUGCUCCACAACAAGAAAAGCCACCACAAUGAGAACCACGCGCACUGCAACGAACAGUAGCCCCUGCUUGCCACAGCUAGAGAAAGCCCAUGUGCAGCAACAAAGACCCAACGCAGCCAAAAAUAAUAAAAUAAAUAAAUUUAUCAAAAAAAUAUAUAUAGAUGAAACAACAACCAGAAUGUAAAACAAUCACAAUAGCAAAAAAGAGGAGAAAAAAAGAAGCCGGAAAAGGCCUUGGCUGUGGGGCAUGGGGCUUAGGCAGGGGCAGGGUUUAGGUGAUGGGCGGGACCUAUGUUUAGGGCCCACAGGGCUGGAAAAGGAGGGGCCCAGGAGUGCCUCUGGCCUUGGAGGGCAGAGGACCAGGUCCAGGACCCCAGCAGGAUCCCUGGGCCUGAGCGGGUCGGGGAUAUGCUAGGCGUGUUCCCCCAUCCUCCGAUCCCAGAGCUUCCCUCCCUGUUAGCCUCUCUUCUUCCCCCCCACUCCUAUGCCCCUAGGACCCAUGUGGCCAGAGGGUGGCCCCAGAAGGCAGGGGACCAGAUGUGGAAGUUCAACAGGCUUCCCAGGGCCGAGUGGGCAGGGGAAAUGCCUGCAGCACUUCCCCUGAUCCUCUGGUCCCAGAGGGUUCCCUGUCCACUGUCCACCUCUCCUCCUCUUCUCCCCACUGCAUCCCUCCCACACCCCUAGGACCCAUGCGGCCGGAGGGGGCACCAGAGGGCAGAGGACCAGGCUCAGGAGCCCAGCAGGCUUCCCGGGGCCCAAGUGGGCAGGGGAAACGCCCACCGGGCCUCCCCUGGUCUUCCGAGCCCCUGAGGGUUCCUCCAGGCGUGGGAACCCCUCCCCUCACCCAGCCACCCCUCACGGGCACCGGUCCUGUCCAGCCUCCACUUCUCCUCCCCCCUUACUCCCCCCCACAUCCUAUCCCGUCGCUUGGGGGUUCCUCCUCCCAUCUCCUUGGGCUUCAAGGUCCCCCACCAGCGUCCGGCAGGUGCCCUAGUUGUAGGAAGAUGCGAACUCCGCGUCCUCCCGUGCUGCCAUCUUGACUCCAUGCCCUUGGAAAAAAAUAUUAAAAACUUUUUUAAAUUACACUUUAUUGAAAAAAGGUCAUAGAGCUUCAGUAUCCAACCUUUUUAGAAAAAAUCAUUAAAAAUAUUUUUUCUCCUGAGGUCUUGAAAUCACUCUUGGAGUAUAGAAAUGGCAAUAAUCCUGGCAGCCUGUACCAUCAUGGCAGAAUUAUUUUGGGGCUGAGAGAAAGGAGACAUGUUGCCUUUUCCCUCUACUCCUCAACUAGUCAAGAUAUGACGGUUGAUAUUUUAUACCUGUGACUGAUCUGCUAGCAUAGGCUUUCUGGCAAGAACUGAAAAUGUUGGGGGUGUCCCAAAUAGAAAUAACGACAGAAAUCAAGACAAGCUGAAUGUUACAAGCACUGGCACUCGAUGCCUCUUUGGGUUGGAAAAAGAAAGCCAACAUAAAAGAAGUUUUAUUGUCUGAGGAAAAUACAAAUUGAAUGAAUGAAUGAGUGAAUGCUACGAGAGAUUUAAUGUUGUAGUGCCCCAGAAAUUUUCAAGCAUCACAGGAAAAAGUUUGAUAUAUUUUUUGAUAGAAAAGAUGGGAGUUAAGCUUUCUUGGGAAGACAAUGACUUUUCAAAUUUUUACCCUCAUACUCUACAGACACUGUCUCAUUUUAUCCUCAGUUCAGCUGUGUGAGGUGUAAGGAUCAUUAUCCUCAGUUGGCAGAUGAGAAUACUGACACCUAGAGAGCUUGAGUAAUUUGUCCAAGGGCGCACAGUGAUAGUGCUGGGAUUUGAACACAGGACAUCUGACCAAAGGUUGUGCCCUUAAUCCUAUGGUGUAUAGAUACUAGUGGUUUUUAAAGUAUGAGAAUCAUGGAGUUGCACCAUCAGCGUCACCUGGGAACUCAUUAGAAAUGCAAAUUCUCAGGCCUCAUCCCAAGCCUGCUAAAUCAAACUCUGGGGAUGGGGCCCAGCAACCUGUGUUUUGAGAAGUCCUCCAGGUGAUUCUGGUGCACACUCAUGCAUGAGAACCACUGUUGUAUUUGCUCUGACAGAGAUGUUGGAAGGAAAACUGAUAAAGAACUUUUUUAGGGAUUGUGUUAGAGAUGUCAAGAUAGUAGUGGAGAAUAUGGGAAUGAAGGGAUACCAUGUAAAGCUCCAGUAGUGAAAAGGAUAUGAGAAGGGAAAGAAUGUCAUUGAUA